CCCCAAGCAGCCAGUCCAGCAGUCCGUCAGUCCAUCAGUCCGCCAGUCAGCCACCUUCUGUUCGAAGUAGUCGAAAGGCGGAAGGUGUUCACUUGGUGGGGCGUUCCAAAGUAUCACCGUAGUAUCUUUACCAGUGGCUUCCAAUGUCAGUUUUUCGUUCGGGACUCGUCCUCUGCAGACACGUUCCUGAGGAGCUCUUGACUAUAUAUAAAACCAUCCUGACCGGUGUUCAUAAUCGAGCAUCAUCUCCUCGAGGAAUCCCUUGAGAGCCGUUAAGUAGGGAAAAUACGGAUUGAGGAGAUAAAAAAUUAGUUAAUUAAUUAAAAAGUUAUUAGUCGAUUAAAAACGUAUCUAAGUGAGGUUACGUUGUGAAGAACUUUCAAGAGUCUCAGUAGUCAUCUGGAUCGUCGUCGGAAGAAAGCUUUGCUGCUCGAUUAUCAAAACGGAUUUCAUUAAUAAAAGGAACAAAAAAUGUCAAACUUGAUACGAUCGGUGGUCAGCAACUACAAUGACAUUUUGGAAACUAACAAAGAUCCUAUGGUGGACACGUGGUUUCUGAUGUCGUCGCCUGGACCAGUUCUUUGUAUCCUAGCAACGUAUUUGACCUUUGUCCUAAAAGUGGGACCGAAGAUGAUGGAAAAACGACCAGCGUUUGAACUGAAUACACUUAUGAUACUUUAUAAUGGAUUUCAAGUGAUAUUUAGUAUCUGGUUGGCGUCAUUGGCAAUGAAAGUGGACAUCCCAGGGUUCGUAUUUAAAAACAGCUGUUCGUCGAGCGGUCCAGUCAAGUCAAGGGAACUUCAAAGUAUCUUAUCGAGAGGCGCAUGGUGGUACUUUUUUGCGAAGAUCAUCGAGCUCCUGGAUACGGUAUUCUUUGUGCUGCGCAAGAAACAGAAUCAGGUGACGUUUUUACAUGUCUACCAUCAUACGAUAACGGCACUGUUCUCAUGGUGUUAUCUAAAAUGGCUGCCGGGCGAGCAAGGCAUUGUCUUGGGUCUUCUGAAUUCGAUAGUCCACGUGGUCAUGUACACGUACUACAUGAUUGCCGCGAUGGGACCAAAGUACAGGAAAUACAUAUGGUGGAAGAAAUACAUGACCUGGAUACAACUGAUUCAGUUUGGCAUUAUGCUGUCUUACCUGUUGCUCAUUCUCGCAAUGGACUGCACUAUGCCAAAAGCUCUCACGUACUUCUUCGCGACAAACGUCAUCAUCUUCAUCUACCUCUUCAGCGACUUUUACCGGAAAGCCUACAAGAAGAAGGAAGCGUAGAAGUGCAGCGAUGCAUUGAGCGCUUCUCACUCGAGUCCCUGUGCAAGAAAAAAGAAAAAGAAAAGAGAUGAUUACGACAUUACAAGGCAAUCUCAGUCCACGCGGUUAAGGAUAUAGAUAGAUAAUCUAAGGUUAAAUAAUAUCAUCCUAGAUGGCGCUAGUGACGACGCAGCAAAAGUCGCCACGUGAACCAAGUGAGGCUACGAGAUGCGGUGAAAUUUCAAUAACUUUCAAUUCACGAUGGUUUUCUUCAUUUUGAGAAGAGAGUCUAUGGAAAUAUUUUUUUUUUCAAAAUGGACGUGUUUUUUACUGCGUUACGUACAACCUGACUUUGCAUUUUCACCAGUCAAAUAGUGUCAUCUAGUAGCAUGAUUCUCGGAUGCUGUAUCACUGACAUCUUUAUUUUCAUCCCGAGCAACAUGGUGCCUGACAAUUGUUAUUUUUAUUGACAAAUAUUAGAAUGGCUCUUUGACGAAGGUAAUAGAAUAGAAUUCAGUCAAGAGGUACCCAGAUACCCAGUAGGUAAAUACGAUUUAAUGCCGGACAAGAUAUCCUUCUCCUUGAUAAAUCUCUUAUCUCCCACCCACUCUCCAUAUCGUAAUUAGCAUAUAUCGAUAUAAAAAGUCACGGCCAAUUUAUUUAUUAUUAAACGUAUAUGUUACCUGAGGAAUGUGUCUGCGAUGCCUGCCCGUAGUUAGAAAGGGAACUAAUAAUUGCGGAUACUCUGUCGGUACAGUUUAUUGUACAGUACAAUAGUUAUGUAUAUUCAUUGUAUGAUACAAAAGGUGAAUACGAUACGAAGCUAAGUUGAA